ACUAUUGGUAAAAUUCAAGUUCAAGUAAAAACAGUUAGAGUAGACGAAUUUUUUUAAACGCCGUGUAAUUUUUUAAUUUUUGGAACACAUAAAUUAUCUUAAAGUAACGUAAAAUGAAGGAUUUGGACGAAACCCUGGAUACGGUGGAAAAUGCGCGUUUUAAUUAUUUGUAUGCCAAAGCCAUAGCCAAGUUAAAAAAGGACUCGAUCUUCACCCACAACGAGCUGGUCAGCAUUGUGAUGGUUUUCCACAAGUUCGUCCUUGUCAACGGACCACGCGCCAAAUAUAUGACCCUCCUUCAGCUUACGGUGUUAAUGGAGCUUAUGUUUGAGAUUGUGGAUCGCGACCUUAUCGCGACCAUUGUAUUUAGAAUAGCCAACACUCCGGGCUCUAGACCUCCGGACUUUUUUCCUGAUAAGCAUAUUCACUUGGAGUCCUUUGUGAGGCUAUUUACCAUUUAUUUUACUAGAGAUCUGCAAAUGAAGAUGGAGUUUGCCUUCUCAAUUUACGACAAAGCUGACCUGAUGCAGUUGAAUGGCGAGGUUGUUGGGUUUUUUGUGAGCAAGUUCUUUGAGAGCGAGGACGAAGACGAAGCCAUUGAGUUGCGGCUGGACAUGAAGGAAAUGCUCUUUCAAAAAUUUGAUCUUGACAAAGACACCAUUAUUUCCGCUGACGAAUACUACGAGGUGGUUCGUCGACAACCUAUGUUGCUGGAGUGCUUCGGCAGAGUGUUUCCUCCGAAUCCGAGGAUGGACGUCCUUGCGCUUUGCGCCAACGUGAUGUCCUGGUUUGACGACUCUCCACAUCCCAGAAUUAUGACAACCAGGAUGCAAGAAAGUUUAUAGACAGAUCCCAAAAAUUGAAUAAAAUUGAUAGUGCGUUUUGGAAGGAAAAGCAAUCUGCUUCAAUCGAGGGAAAGAACAUAAAAUAAAUAAAUAAAAAAAAUGAUCUAUAGCA